ACCAUUGAGGAGGUCGCCGUGGACGUCGCUACCACUCGCUGGACUUCCGCUAUUGCCUUGGCUAUCCUAUGUUAUGAUACGGUCCUCACUUUGGGCGACGAGGUAAGCUUUGGCCGAUUCCUUGCCGGCGCAUUCGACACCCCCUUAGAAGACGGGCAAAGCUCAACGACAUAUAUUCUAGAUCAGGCUGAUUUGGCCCAAAAGAUGGAGUGUAACAAAAUUAUUCCUAUAUCUU